CGCAAGAAUUAAUAGUAAAUCAUUUUUAAUAGUAAAAUAUGCGGUUGAUAUAAAAUUUUGGCCUAGUUUUAUCCUGACUACGUCAACGGGAAGAGUGUAAUUAAUAAUCUUUAUUGGUGAUAUUUUCAUGCUUAUAUUCAAAAUUUCAACAUUCAAAACAAUGUUUAAUCUUGACCCAGUUUCCUCCGACGUUUUACCUGAUUUUUAUUGUCAAUAAUUUAAGAGAUAUUUUCAUAAUCAAACACUCAUCCAAUAAUAAUUUCCUGUUGUGAAACCGUCUAAAUUAGACUAAACGUUUUAUUAUAUACCAAAUGUUUGCAGAUAUAUUAAACAAGGUAUAAAAUUUUUAUUUCAAGACCUCCUUUGGAAAUUUAAGUACCAUAUUUUACGUUCCUUAUUGGGUCAGAAAGUAAAUAACACUUGUGGAACUUGUUAGUAUUUUAGUGGAAUUUGUAUGAAUACAGCUAAUUUUGGUAGUUGAGUUAAUCAAAAAAUCGAACUAUAAUAUUUUAUUUAUUUCAAAUAAAUAUUUUCAUACAUUAAUAGUGGCAAUGACGAGAUAUAUUUGGUUAUUUUCCAUAUUGUGGCUUGGAUCUAUUAAUUCAGGCUUGUGUCUUCGAUGCUAUGAAUGUGUAUCAAGAUUGGGUCCAGCGGAUACAGAUGCUUGCUUAACUGGAGAUCGCAACCAACUUCCCAGAGUACGAUGUAUAGGACCGUCAGUAUGUGCUACUUAUCAUUAUCAAAGUACAAUACCAGGAACACCUACAAUAAAUCAUGUUACAAGAGGAUGUCAAUUACUACGUUACGGAGGUAGCUGUGAAGAUAUUUUCAAUGAUUUAAGAUCAAGAGGAGAAGUACUCCCAGGGCAACAUACAUGUGCAACAUGCAGUGGAGAUCUCUGUAAUUCUACAACGUCUCUUAAGGCUUUGUGUUCCUUAAUUUCAAUUUGUAUUUUCAGUAGUUUUUAUUUCUCACUUUUGAGAUAAAAUUUGAAAGUACUCUUGUAAUUUUUUGUAACAGAUUACUGCCAGUUUCACAAAGAUGAAUGAACUUUCUUCAAACUACUUUGUACUCCUUUUCCACAAACCCAGUUUUUUUUGAUAAUGCUCACAUUAAUCUUAGUACCUCCAAUAUUUGAUGCUCAUAUUCGCUGAAAAUUUUGUUUCGAUCUUUUCAUUUGAUCAUAAUUUUUUGAGUGAUUAUUCACCUCGCUCACUCUUUAUUUAGUUUUAUACCAUUUUUUCUCAAUGAAUUCAUAACAAGCUUCCCUGUUGUCAUUAUUAUUCUUAACUUUGUUUUAUUUAUAUUUCCUUUGUUAUAAGUAUCUUCAUUUUACUAGAGUCAUUGACAAGAGUAUAUCUUGUCAAUGCCUAUAAGUUGUUUUAUAUUUUUACAUGUUCAAUGUUGUUUCGUUGUUGACAUAUAUAUUGGAUGUUUGUUAAUUUUUAGUCUCACUUUUUGCUUUAAUGUAAUUAAUUGCUUGAAUCCUAGUACUUUAUAUUUGCCGCAAACUCUUUACUAUGAAAUUAAUUUUUAAUCUUUUAUUUAUUCCACGAAUCACUACCAUGGAGAAACGUUUAUCAGAAGUACAAAUAUAUAAGGUCUGAAAACAUACAAACACUAUAUUAUACUUUUUUAUUAUGUUUAACCCC